UGUAUUUUUGAUUUUGAAAGAAAGAAUAUGGAAUAUUCGAAAUUUGCUGCAAUUAAUAAUUUGUUUUGUCUACUAAAUCUACAUUAACGCAUGGAUCUGAAGGCCCUUUUAUUGAAUUCCAUUUCGAGUAAACAACCUCUGCUACUUAAUAGACGCAUGCAUAUCGGAAAAUGCUGUUACUCGGUCACCUUUGAGGUUGAUGGCAAAAUGUUAACCGUUAUACGUAUAAGACAAAUCUAUACGAAGGCACCUUUUCAAAUGCGUGUUCAGCGGCGUCAACGAUUCCUGCAGAAAUUGAAAAGCUGCUCUUCAAUAAGUUCAAACUCCGACCUUAAGCCGAAAUCAUCGCCAACUCGUACAAUCUUACCGCAAUUUGCCGAUUGCUCUACCCAAACAACGAAGCCGGAAGUACGUAGUCGCUCAACGGAGACGGAAAUACACACACUGCCGGUGCAUCGUGAACAGCAGACCAGUCGACGCGUACUGCGUAAACAAGGCACACAAACCGAUCCGAAUACUUUAUGUCAUGGCGUUCAAACCGAACGUAAAAUAUUUCCACGGGCCACUCAGACCAAUGAAAGUUGUGCCGAAGCUUCGACAACCCAAACCGAAUCGUACUGCUAUAACAAUCAGGUGCAAACGGAACCAUUCGAGGAUGAUUUAAGUGCUGAGCGCGAAAAGGAGGCGGUUGUAUUUAUGCUAAACGAAAUUGGCGAAAUGAUCAUCAAUCAGAAUCAUUUGCUGCAGAACAAUACAACAAUGUUGAGUCAGAUGUCGGAGAUGACGAUGUUGAAUAAGGUGGCAGCGCAGCAAAAAAGCUGUAUGAACUAUGAGAAAAAGUACAAAUUUCAUCGUUUCAAUCGUAAGCAUGGUAGAUUCCGUUAUUCACCCAUGCCGUCCAAAGCAUUGCCAGUUGACAAGAGAAAUCAAUGGGCACAAACCAUUUAUCCCAUAGGCCUCUCCACCAAAACGACGCAAACGCGUCAAGAAAUUCAAAGACGCAAGCGUUUUAGCCUCUUUUGUUUGAAAUUAUGACAAAAUUCGACUUUAUUUAAAUUAUACACCUCAGGUACAAAAUAGAUUAACGAUUGAACAACUUAAAUUAUAUUAUUUAUUUGCUCUUACUUUGAUUGUGAUACAAAUUUGCUCA